CCUGCAACUCAGGCAGGGUUUGAUCAAAACAAAUACAAGCGCCCGUCAAGAGUGCUCGACGACGACGACGAGGGAUCUAAAUCGUCCCUCACCAUUACAUUUGUUUUCCUCUGCAAGUGGGAAGUUUUCUCUGUCGGCUCGGUUCCUUCCCUUCCUCUGCGCAGAGGCAAGAAGAAGAAGAAGAAGAAGAAGAAGAGGGGGUCAGCGAUGGCCUCGAAUUCGCCGACCAACAAUCCGAUUCUUCCGAUGUCGGAUCCCCCGCGGGACGUGGAGAAAGAGAGGCUCCUCCGAGGCGAAGAGAAGCUGUUCCGUGGGUCCGCCAUGACCAAGCGCGGCGCCUACGCCGCCGUUUCUUACAUGUCCUGCGCAGUUCUCUUGGUACUGUUCAACAAAGCAGCCCUUUCUUCCUAUAGUUUCCCAUCAGCAAAUGUGAUCACUCUCUUGCAGAUGAUAUGUUCGUGUUCGUUUCUUUAUAUAUUAAGACAAAGAAAGAUUAUUACCUUCAAUGCAGGCGAAUCAUUUAUUAUUUCUGAUAAUUCCAAGUUACUUGUGCCCUCGAAGACGUUGAUUGACACUCUUCCUCUUGCAGCAGCCUAUUUGUUGUACAUGCUAGCAACGAUGGAAUCUGUUCGUGGUGUAAAUGUUCCAAUGUACACCACGCUAAGGCGGACCACAGUUGUAUUUACCAUGGUGGCGGAAUAUAUUCUAGCUGGACAGAAAUAUACAUCACCUGUUAUUGGAAGUGUUGGGUUGAUCGUUCUUGGUGCAUUUAUUGCGGGAGCAAGGGACUUAUCAUUUGACUUCUAUGGGUAUUUCGUUGUCUUCCUAUCAAACAUCACUACAGCUAUAUAUCUUGCAACAAUUGCCGGCAUAGGUAAAUCCAGUGGGCUCAAUAGCUUUGGGUUGAUGUGGUGCAAUGGGAUUAUAUGUGGACCAGUGCUCCUGUUCUGGACAUAUAUUCGAGGGGACCUAGAGAUGACUUUCCAUUUCCCUUACCUGUUUUCAUUUGGUUUCAUGGUUGUGCUGCUGUUCUCCUGCAUAUUGGCUUUCUUCUUGAAUUACAGUAUAUUCCUAAACACCACUCUCAAUUCAGCGGUAACACAGACCAUCUGCGGCAAUCUAAAGGAUCUCUUCACAAUUGGACUUGGCUGGAUAAUAUUCGGCGGGCUUCCUUUCGAUAUCCUGAACGUGUUAGGGCAGCUCCUUGGUUUUGUGGGCUCUGGCCUGUAUGCUUACUACAAGCUCGUCGGAAAGUGAUUCCUGAGGCGUUGAACUUCUCAGGCACUCCUUUAUUGUUCGUAAGAGCCCAGUCCGAGGUUCAGGAAACACUGGAGGAAACUUCGCAAAAGUGAUGUCUACGGAUAGCUUAUCAAGUGAGGAAGCCAGCGAGUCAAACAAGACACGAAUCAUAGCUUAAAUGAAGAAGUUAUAGGCAGCCAAAGUGACAUAGUCAGGAAGACUGCGGUGACAGAACGCUGUUCAAGAUUCCAAUAUAAUUUGGCUCAAGUCAAUGUUGUGCCAGCCUGUGUCUUUAAAUAUGGAUAUCUGUAAUCAAGGGGGUAUAUUUGACAUUUUGGUAGAUAUUCUUUUGUUAUUUAGGUUAGGCAAGAUUUUAGGAUCUUUUGGGGGUCAUAUAUAGAUUUCGAGGCCGCACAAUAUUGGGAGGCUAGAGCACGAAUUUUCAAAGAAAGCUCGGUGCAAGGAAUGAGAGAAAGAUCAAGAAGACAUUCGUGGAUUUGAGCAGACGGACCAGAUUUAUUCUUCUUCUUUGAUCCUAUCUCAGUCUAUUGUUUUGAAACUAUGUCUUUGAUUAAUUCGAUGUUGCUUUUGAUAAACAUGAGGAGCUAAAUUUCUUUUUCUAGGGUUAUCAAUGUAACCUAGCAUUCGAUUUCUA